UAACGGGCUCUUAGGGUUUUUUUUGUUUUUUCCCGUGCUUUAAUACAAAUAGCGGGAUUUUAUAAGUGUAAAAUAGCAGGAUUUUAGUUUUUUUAAAAUCAUACCUAUAAAACAUCAUAUAACACAGCUUAUUUGGAUAUAAUAUACAUAUAAUUAUUUCUAAAAUUUUUUCCAAGUGUGUCGCUAAACAUAAAAUAGCGCCCGCUAUUUCAUCGCUAUCGCUACGUAGCGUAUAGGUAGCGUGUCGCUAUUGUCCACUAUUCGCUAUUAAUAACUAUGUUCAAUAUUGACUCUUUCAAUAUUUUAGUACGUCGAACACACUAAUUAUCAGCUUCAGAGCUGAAAUAUUUGAAUAAUUAUUAGCUUCAGGUCUUAACGUUGACCAGCAGCACCCUUCAAAGGGGUUGAAGAAAGCUGCUAAUCAGGCCCCUAAAAUUGCUCCGAAAACAGUUGGGUUUAAUUACACUAGAGCCGUCCAAGGCAGCCAUGUAAAAGCUGGUUCGAGUCAACAAAAUGCCACCAAAACAGCCCCUGUCCCAGCUGUUAACAAAGGUCUGGCCGAAGACGGAAAAAUGAUACCGAUGUGGCGCGGAGUCGGACUGAUACGUACAUUAGGUCAUCGCUUCGAACAGCUUUUGCUCAGCAGCGACAGCCAGAGCCAGCGUAGGAGAUGGAGCCGGGUGGCAGUAUAAGAGCCGAAAGGACGUGUUUUGAUGACUUUUGAUUGAGGUUUCAUAGUUUUUCCGACAACCAGUGAGUUUAAGUGAAAAAAAAAUCGAACUUUUCAACCAUUUUGUCACUCCAACCAGCAUUUCGGUCUACUGGUGGUGUUGGCGAUGCUACUGACUCCGGCGGAGGCGGAGGUUGAAUGUAUUCACACGGCUUACAAAUCAUCGAUGUGGCACGAAGGCGGACUGAUACGUACAUUAGGUCAUCGCUUCGAACAGCUUUUGCUCAGCGACGGCCAGAGCCAGCGUAGGAGAUGGAGCCGGGUGGCAGUAUAAGAGCCGAAAGGACGUGUUUUGAUGACUUUUGAUUGAAGUUUCAUAGUUUUCCUGGCAACCAGUGAGUUUAAGUGAAAAAAAAAAUCGAACUUUUCAACCAUUUUGUCACUCCAACCAGCAUUUCGGUCUACUGGUGGUGUUGGCGAUGCUACUGACUCCGGCGGAGGCGGAGGUUGAAUGAAUUCACACGGCUUACAAAUCAUCGAUGUGGCGCGAAGUCGGACUGAUACGUACAUUAGGUCAUCGCUUCGAACAGCUUUUGCUCAGUCUGUCAUUGCAGAGAUAAGCUUGCAGCAAGAAACAGCAACGCUUCUCGAGAGUGUUCGCUUUACACAACAGCUUGUGCUCUUUGCUCCCCAAGCUGUUACAGUUCAUUCUCAUGUGAAAAUCCUCCUCUCAACUCUUUCAUCAAGACAGCCAACUUUAAGACAUCUUGCAGUGUCCACUCUACCACAUCCGCGAAUACAAACGAACUCAAAGACUCAUUCCCCAACAAUAUAACGAAUAAUUCGAAGUCAAAAUCCCACAAAACACACCGCGAUUCACCAACAGCCCCUCAAACGGAACACGCUGCAGAUAAUCGGGCAACUGGAAACCAUUCUCGCCCCAACAAACAACAGUUCCGUUAACUCUAAUCGUACAAAACCGAUUAUCACCAACCGAAACCGAUUUAAACACACCAUCCGGUUUCCCAAACAUAUUCAUAUUCUGCCCCCAACAAUCCAAACUCCCAUUACCCGAAUUAACCGAACAACCGCGGUUAUAUCCAACAGAGAGAGCAUUAUGACUCCCUGUCGGAACAUUGCCAAUAUUGUUACCUCCAGCACACACUAUUUGCCCAACAUCAGACAACCCACAAACGAAAUUGUUUCCAACGGAAACACCCGAGCUAAACCGUGUCCUCGGUGUUAGAUUUUGCUCAGGGGUAUCAGCUGCUAAAAUAUUGGUUGAAGAUAUAUCUAAUGAGUAUCGCCGAAGACGGAAAAAUGAUACCGAUGUGGCGCGAAGUCGGACUGAUACGUACAUUAGGUCAUCGCUUCGAACAGCUUUUGCUCAGGUACAUUUUUAUUUGUUAUUUUAUUUUUAAGGCUAAAAUGCCAUUUUAGUCCCUGAGUCAUAUUAAAACAGAAAUGAGAUAUUUGUGUUGGCAACCAUAAAGAUGAGGUCAUCCUCACCAACCACUUACUUAUUUCUUUCUACCUUCAUAUCAACAGACCUCAUAACAAAUUUAAUUAUAAUUGACUACUGAAACUUGAGUCUAUCUUUAAAACACCUUUUUUGUGUGUGUUUCUGUGUUUUUUUUUUGUGUGAGAGUGGAGAUGGCAGGGGGGGCAGUUGCACCAACAGGUGUAGCAAAAAACAGAUCAGAGCAGUAUGAAGGAAAAGUGACUGCAUAUGUCAUCAUUGCUUGCAUCGUUGCUGCUGUUGAUGGAUCCAUUUUUGGUUAUGAUAUCUGAAUUUCAGAUGACGGAUGUAGCAAAGGAGUUAACCGCCGGAACAAUAGGAGGGGCGACACAGUUGAUAGUUGGACACCCUUUUGAUACCAUCAAGGUCAAACUUCAAAGUCAACCCGUCCCUCCACCCUUUUGGCAACGGGAUUUUCAUCAAGCCUCAGGGAGGAAGUGAUAUGUCUAAGGAGGAAAGAAAGAAAUAUGUAAAGUAUUUUCCUGUGGUUUUAUGUGAUCUAUCAGCUCAUUUGAAUUUAGCGUACCGCAUGACAAUUGGUGGUUUGAAUGAGCUUCAAGCAGAGGCUGCAUUGGCGCUUAGGUGUAUCGAUAAAUGUAAAGAGGGAGGUUUUGUUGAGCUAUUUAUGGCCAAGGUUGACUUUCCUGCUAAAUUUGACUAUUGUAUGAGAUUAAACUUGAAGGGGAAGACUGAAGUUUCUGCACAAGGGUUCUGUUUGGAUAAUGAAUGCUGGAGACUAUGCGAGGACAAGCCACAGUCAAGCAUCCUCCCUUUCAUUAUGCAACCUGUGGCUGAAUAUCGGAAGACACCUGCCAACAUGAAGAAAACCACUGCUAUUGCUAACUGUUCAGAAGGUUUGUCGACUCUUGAAGAAAUAUUACACCAUGGUCGAGAAAAUAAGAAACACACGAAUGCUGAGUUCAAUUGUCGUGUGGCCAUUAAAGGCGUACGUAAUAGCGAAGAGUGGUUCAGACUUAUGUGUGGCGGAGGAAAAUGCAUGAAAGGUGUAUCGCGUGAACACGGGGAGCUGUGGUGUGCUGGUUGUGAAAACCCAGUUAUGUUUCCACAAGCAAGGUUCCAUCUUGAACUUGAGGUGCUCGAUUCCACGGCAAAUGCGGUCAUCAUGUGCUUUGAUGACACUGCACAAAUUCUAACAAACACCACUGCUGAGUCUAUACUCAAUGCGGAAUCGGGUCUCUCGCAUAUCUACACCGCUCCAGUCAUGAUACAGAACUCUGACGGUAGCAUCUCAACGCUCCCACACUGCUUACACUCACUUGUGGGCACCACCCGAACCAUCCAAGUUGAUACAUCCACAUACUACCAUCAUGGGGCCUUUGAGAGCUUCAACUGCAAGCGUGUGCUCCCGGACGAAACCAAUUGUGAAUCCGUUGGAUCUACCACUCCUACUCCCAUGACUAGGAAGGGUAAAGGGGUGAUGACAAUACCGACACCGGUAAAGCUCAAAGAAACAAUCAGAAAGUACAUCCCUACUUAUGAAGGUUCUGAUUCGGAUGAUUCUGUGGGUAACUACUGAGGGGAAUGUGGACUACAUGGCCAUGCAUUAGCGGCAAAAGAUUUCGUGAAUUAUUGAAUAAAACAGGAAGCUUUGUGAACUCCUUUAAGUUUUUUCCCUGUAAUGCAUGUUUUUAGACUUGGCAUACAUGUUUGUUCUUAAACAAAUUCCGCAAACAAAGUUCCUGUGCUAUGCACGCCUUACAUUUUGUGUGGCCGGCUUAUGGUACAAGCUCUUAUCACGUUUUGUAUGGCUUCUCUUACAUUGUCUUUUGGCUAA